ACGUUAUUAAGUGAGGUAGUGCGACACAUUUAGAGAAUAAUUACGCGAAAUGGCGCCAACGGCCUACAUGGUACCAAACGGCGAAUUCGGCGAGGAGCCAAUUUCGCGCACCUACCAAUAUCGCAAGGUGAUGAAGCCGAUGCUGGAGCGCAAACGAAGGGCGCGCAUCAAUCGCUGCCUCGACGAGCUUAAGGAGCUUAUGGUGACCGCCCUUCAGAGCGAGGGCGAGAACGUCUCCAAAUUGGAAAAGGCGGACAUACUGGAGCUGACAGUGCGACAUCUUCACAAUCUGAAACGCCAACACCAGCUCGCGCUGCCCGGCGAGCAGAGCUACGCCGAGAAGUUCCGCGCGGGUUUCUCGCAGUGCGCCCAGGAGGUCUCGCAGUUCCUUUCAACCCCCAACGACGUCGCCGAUCCCGUCGCCGGACGAAAGCUCCUCCAACACCUCGGCUCGUGCAUACGCCAAUUGGAUUGUGUUUCACAAAGUGUACAAGUGCAGUAUUCACCAAAUUACACCCCGCCAACCACCCCCGAACUAAAUCCCCCCGCGCCCAUGUGGAGACCCUGGUAGUUACUUAGAUUUUAAGGCAAGUAAGUGCAAGUAAAGUUUUGUUUAUAAUCUCACAGUAUCGAUAGGUUUAUAGUGUUAAUAUUAGUUUUUAAGUUACUGUGAUAAUGAGAAUUUUUGUUUAUUAAGUACCUGAGAAUUAGAUUUAAGUUUUAUAACAUUGUGCAUUUUUAGAAUUAAUUUUUUUUAAAGGAAUAAAUUUGUUAAAUAUAAA